GGCGCUAGCUCCAGUUUGCAGCCCAGAGCUUGCUGUAGCGGCGGUCAAAGAAGAUGAGGGCCAGGCAUUAUGCUGCCAGUGCUGCCAGCCUCCUCAUCCUAGCGCGCGCCGCGGCGCCGCCCCGGACGCGCCGCGCCAAGACACCAAAAGCCCAGCCCUUGACGCCGCCGCGGCCGCCCGCCGAAGUCGAACCGUGCCCGCACGCGCCCGACUGCCCGUCGUGCACGAUCGACGGCGGCUUCGAUGAGGUCGACACGGCGCGCCGCGCGCGCGCCAUGUUCGAGCCCCUGUUGCAGAAACCGUUCGAGGUAAUCUGCGGAAGUGCGAAGGACUGGCGCACGCAAGCGAAGUUGGCCUGCGCGCCGGGCGCGACGAAGCUCACGGCGCGCGGUAGGAGAGGACGGAAGACUUAUAGACUAAGAGACGUGGCGUUAGGCCUCUACCGCCCGCGGAGCCACGACGUCGUGGCGAUUCCCGAUUGUAGAACCCACCACCCGCUUCUCAAUAAAGCCGCUGGAGAAAUCAAGGAGGCCUGCGCGGUCGUGGGCAUCAAGGCGUUGGAUAGUGAAGGUGAUGGUAAUUUGAGAUAUGUACAGCUCUCCACGGAUGGGAACAAGGUGGCCCUGACCCUCGUCUGGAACGAGCGGAGCGCGAAGGAGGCGCAGCCCGAGCUGCCUCGCCUCGUGAAGGAGCUCUCUUCUUCUAGUUUAUGGCACUCGAUCCACGUGAACUAUCGCGGGGACAAGGCGGGCAACGCGAUCUUCGACUACAACCCCCAGAAGUGGGCCAAACUGCGGGGCGAGACGUACGUGAUUGAGCGGUUGUUUGACGAUGACGUCGGGGAUUUGGAUGCGAAGCUCAAACUCUGGUUCACUCCAUUAACUUUCCGCCAGGCGAACCUUCGAGCGUUUGCGGGGCUCGUCGAGCGGCUGGCAACGUGGGUGCCUGACGAUUCGCACGUCUGCGAGCUCUACGCCGGCGUCGGUGCGAUUGGGCUGGCGUUACGGCCAAAAUUGUCCUCUUUGAGGUGCUCGGAGACUAAUGAAAACGUGUUGGACUGUUUUGAAAAGUCGCGGCGCGACCAGGAUGCGAGAUUGGAGGAUUUAUGUCCGGUUGAGAUGACGGUCGCGGACGCCGAGGACGCUGUGUUCGAUGAUUGUGAAGGCGCAGACGUGCUCAUCGUGGACCCGCCGCGCAAGGGCCUCUGCGAGGGCGUGCGCGAGGCGCUGGUCAAGGGCGAGCUGGACGUGAAGCGCCUGGUCUACGUGUCGUGCGGCUUCGACGCGCUCGAGCGCGACCAGGCGGCGUUGUUGAACUCGCGGCGCUGGAAGCUGACACACGCCGAGGCGCACGUCUUCUUCCCGGGGUCGGACCACGUCGAGACGCUCGCGGUCUACGACGCCGUUGUGCCCGAGUAAUUUGUUGCAUAGUGAGU